AUGUCCGCGACUCAAAGAAGUGGAUUGGGCAAUGGGCGACUGCUGCUGUCGCUUCUGCUCCUCGCAGCUUGGGAGGCAGGGAGCGGCCAGGUCCACUACUCCGUCCCUGAAGAAGCCAAACACGGCACCUUCGUGGGUCGCAUCGCCCAGGACCUGGGACUGGAGCUGACGGACCUGGUGCCCCGCCUGUUCCGGGUGGCGUCCAAAGGCCGCGGGGAUCUUCUGGAGGUAAAUCUGCAGAAUGGCAUUUUGUUUGUGAAUUCUCGGAUCGACCGUGAGGAGCUGUGCGGACGGAGCGCGGAGUGCAGCAUCCACCUGGAGGUGAUCGUGGACCGGCCGCUGCAGGUGUUCCAUGUGGAGGUGGAGGUGAAGGACAUUAACGACAACCCGCCCGUGUUCUCUCUCAGAGAACAAAAGCUGCUGAUUUAUGAAUCUAAACAACCUGACUCUCGUUUUCCUCUAGAGGGAGCUUCUGAUGCGGAUAUAGGAGAGAAUGCUCAACUGACCUACAGACUAAGCAAAAAUGAGUACUUUUCUUUAGAAUUACCAAUAAAUAGUAAGCCGACUAAAAAACUGUCACUUACGUUAAAGAAGUCUUUAGACAGAGAGAAAAUUCCGGAAUUUAAUUUACUACUGACGGCUGCAGAUGGAGGGAAACCCGAGCUCACUGGCACUGUUCAACUCUUCAUCCGCGUCUUGGAUAUUAACGACAACGAUCCGGAAUUUGAACAAUCAGAAUACAGGGUGAGAUUGAUGGAAAACUCAGCUAAAGAAACUCUUGUGAUACAGUUAAAUGCCACAGAUGAAGAUGAAGGAGUCAAUGGGGAGGUAACAUACUCCUUAAUGUCAAUUAAGCCCAAUGGAAAACCUUUAUUUACACUAGAUGAAAAUAACGGAGAAGUGAAGGUCAAUGGAACUUUAGACUAUGAAGAAAACAAGUUUUAUGAAAUUGAAGUACAGGCCACAGAUAAGGGGAAUCCCCCAAUGGCAGGUCACUGUACAGUCUGGGUUGAAAUCUUAGAUGCCAAUGAUAACGCCCCUGAAAUCACUGUCACUUCCCUGUCUCUACCAGUACGAGAGGACACUCAGCCAAGCACUGUCAUUGCGCUGAUCAGUGUAUCUGAUCGAGACUCUGGGGACAAUGGACAGGUAAUCUGCUUUCUAACGCCCAACGUCCCCUUCAAGAUCGUGUCCACGUUCAAGAACUAUUAUUCACUAGUGCUGGAUGGCACCCUGGACCGUGAGAGCGUGUCUGUCUAUAAGUUGGUGGUGACAGCGCGGGACGGGGGCUUGCCGUCGCUCUCGGCCACCGCCAGCGUGUCCGUGGAGGUGGCCGACGUGAACGACAACGCGCCCGCGUUCGCGCAGCCAGAGUACACAGUGUUCGUGAAGGAGAACAACCCGCCCGGCUGCCACAUCUUCACCGUGUCGGCGCGGGACGCGGACGCGCAGGAGAACGCACUGGUGUCCUACUCGCUGGUGGAGCGGCGGGUGGGCGAGCGCGCGCUGUCGAGCUACGUGUCGGUGCACGCGGAGAGCGGCAAGGUGUACGCGCUGCAGCCGCUGGACCACGAGGAGCUGGAGCUGCUGCAGUUCCAGGUGAGCGCGCGCGACGCGGGCGUGCCGCCCCUGGGCAGCAACGUGACGCUGCAGGUGUUCGUGCUGGACGAAAAUGACAACGCACCUGCGCUGCUGCCGCCCGGGCCAGGUGGAGGACCCAGCGCCGUGACCCAGGUGGUACUGAGGUCCGUGGACCCGGGCCACGUGGUGGCGAAGGUACGCGCGGUGGACGCGGAUUCGGGCUACAACGCGUGGCUGUCCUACGAGCUGCAGCCGACCGCGGGCGGCUCGCGCAGCCCGUUCCGCGUGGGGCUGUACACCGGCGAGAUCAGCACGACGCGCGCCCUGGACGAGGCGGACGCGCCGCGCCAGCGCCUGCUGGUGCUGGUGAAGGACCACGGCGAGCCGGCGCUGACGACCACGGCCACCGUGCUGCUGUCGCUGGAGGACAGCGGCCAGGCGCCCAAGGCCUCUUCGCGGGCGUUAUCUGGUGCGGCCGGCGCAGAGACGGCGUUAGUGGAUGUGAACGUGUACCUGAUCAUCGCCAUCUGCGCGGUGUCCAGCCUGUUGGUGCUCACGCUACUGCUGUACACGGCGCUGCGGUGCUCGGCGCCGCCCAGAGAGGGCGAGUGCGGGCCGGUGAAGCCCAGGCUGGUGUGCUCCAGCGCGGUGGGGAGCUGGUCUUUCUCUCAGGAGAGGCGGCAGAGGGUGUGCUCUGGGGAGGGGCCGCCCAAGACCGACCUCAUGGCCUUCAGCCCCAGUCUACCUCCGGGUCUGGAUAGAGAAGUCGGGGAAGAAAGGCAGGAGGCAGAAUCACCUCAUUCUGGUCUGGUGAGUUCUAUAGAUCCUUCCCCUCUUCUUGAAGUUUAUGUUAAUUGUUUUAAAAAAAAUCCAGUUUAUUUCAUGGAUGUCUUAUACUUCGAGUAA